UGUAAAACAUGGGGACACCCUCCCUCUCCUCAUUUGCCGAUUAAUAAACACCAAAGAGUUGUAGGCAGCAGCUUUUCGGAGCUUCUCUGCUAAACUCCAUCUGUUUGUCUUAAAGCAGAUCGGUUCCUUCAGUGGUAAACACACCCGGAGGCUGUUGGAGACGACUGGAAGCCCAGCGCAAUGGGGAAAGUCAACGUCUGCCUGGAAAGGAGUUACAUUCUGGUGUCGACUGUGGUCGGGAUCAUCAGUGCAUUGCUGUUAGCCAUGACUCUGUUUAGCCAUGGAUACUUUCAUGAGGAUGAAGAGAUUGAGAGGAUGCUUCCUGGCAUAAAAUUCAUGUAUUCAAUUUCCAUCAUAAGUCUUCUCCUUGUCGUCACUGGUAUAUAUGGGGUCUCCAAAAAGAAGAAGUGGAUGUUAAUAUUUUUUGUAGUUGGAAUGAUUCUCAGCAUUUUGUUCAUGUCUGCAACUGAAAUCCUAGCAUUGAGCGUAGGACCACAGAUAACUCAGGAUAUCAGGGAGCAAUACCUGGACCUGCUGCCGCUAAGUAAUACUAGUGAAGGUGUUAUAGAAGACCUCAAAGACAUACAAAUGGAAUUGCAGUGUUGUGGACUGGACCAGGGCUAUCUGGACUGGGGUUAUAACAUUUCAGAAUCCUGCCUGUGUGCUGAAGAUGCCAUGAACCCAUGUGUGGCGGCACCAAGGAACAGCAGUUUGUUUGAGCACAGUUCUCCUGAUGAGCCCAUCAUGAUUUAUAAAGAGCCCUGCAUUCCUUACUUGAUCGCACAUGCCAUUAAUUCUAUAAAUAUUGUUUUUGGCACUUUUCUGGGACUUGUAUUAUUAUGGGUACUGUCAGUAGUGUUGUGCAUUGUCAUCCUGUGUCAGCUAAAUCGGAAGGAAGAUACUCCUGUCGUGGUGUACAGCGCAGAGGCAAAAGCAGGAAACUACUCUGCACUGACAGACACUGUGGAGUACACUUGAUUUCUCUCUUUGUACUUUUGGCUGUCCUUCCCUCGGGUGCAGGACAGAUCAUUCCAAAUGUCUUUCAUACACAGUUUUCUGGUCUCAUGUUUAACAGUUCAUGUCCACCAAGUCGAGCUGUUUUUAUUCCACUCUUAAAUGUAUUUCUUUGGAUGCACACGAAUAUCUUUGGUGCAGAAAUACAGGCAGAAGAAUUGUCAAAGGGUCAUUUAAACCACUAAAUAACUGCUACCAUUCUUGGAUGAUUUAUCAACUUGUAUUUUAAAUAUAAUUUUGCACAAUGUAACCGUGUUUGAGGAGCAGCAAACUGAAACCUGUGCAGAAUAAGAAUGAUGAAUAAAUGGGAAUCAAGAAAAAUGAAGAAAAGGCACUGAUAAAGAUGUGGUCAAAAUGUACAAAUAAGUGUUAGCCUUUUGUUGUGUUUUACCUUUUAUAUGUUUAGUUUUAUAUUCAUCCAAAUGUAAUUGUUACAUCUUUUUUUAUGAUAAAGCGUGAGUGAACAGUUUGUAGUGUAUACAUAAAGAUUAUUUAUACAGUCGUGGAAAAAAUUAUUAGACCACCCCUUGUUUUCUAAAAUUUCUUGUUAAUUUUAAUGCCUGGUACAGCUAAAGGUACAUUUGUUUGGACAAAUGUAAUGAUAACAAACAUAGCUCA